UUGGAUAAAUCAGAAUUCAGCAUACCAGAAACCGUCUCCCUUGGAAUUAGUGAGAUAGCUGAAGAACACAAAGACGACUACGUGGAUGUGCAUCGCCAGCCUUUAGAAGGUGAUAUUUCCACAUCUCCGAAACAUGUUUCUCAAGAGCGCAUCCCUGUUCAAGAAACGUCAAAAGCUCCCUAUGACCGUUCAUCGCCUACAUUUGGGGUGAGUGGUGGUGCUCAAUUAACUUUUGUACCUUCCCAUGGCCGUGCAUCAGCUAAAGGUUUAUUAACAGAUAACACCAGAGAUAAAGGAAUCAACUCCUCUGAAAGCUGUGACCCGACGGAUUAUAUUCUAACAACACUAACCGAGGAUGAAGUCGAAAGACUGGAGACAAAGGCCUUCAAACUGGGUGACGACCUUAAUGCCUUGAACGACUGGAACUUCAUUCAAGCCUGUGCAGCAAAACGAGAAGCAACCCAACAAGAAGAAGAACAAAUUUCGGCCCAACACGUAUAUGUAAUCGUAUACGUUCGCACAAAAAUGGAGAAGUAUUGUACACGAAUACGAGAUGUAUGGCAAAAUUCGGGGUUUGAAAAAGAAUUUCCGCAUGCUAAGCUCAUGCUUUUGGAGUAUUUCUCUCCGAGCGGAAUCCAUGUCACCGCAGACCCAGAAUAUAGUCCGAGAAGACAAAAAUCAGCUGUUUGGAUGAAAAAAAUGCAUCCCUUAGUGCAAAACUUCUAUAAGGAUAUCAGGGACAAGCACAGCAACAUAACCUAUAUCACGGCGGAUACAUUAGUGUAUAAGGAAAGAGAAAAUAGACUAGAGGAAACUGACUGCAUUGUUAUCUACGUCCCGUAUAAGGGAAUAGUGCCAAUUAAAGAACACUUUUUUCCAAAGACUUAUAAAGGCCUCCCCGUGGACAUUCGACGAGGGGUCUUCGAAUUCUUAGUGAAUGAACGUUUCGAGAAGCGAUUGAAGACCGGCUGUAGUGUUAGUAAGUUUGAUGAGAAAAACAAUCAUCUUGGGACAAUAGGUAUGUUUGUAAAAUGUCGCCAAACCAAUGAGGUUGGACUGAUAACAGCAUAUCAUGUUGUUACAGGUGACAAAGAAGUAAGUGCACCAAGUGAUGUAAGAGAACCCCCAGAAAAGAAAGAGAUUUUAAAACUUGGUUUACGAGAACGGCAGAGUUCAGAUAUAGGUUCCAGCAUUGCAAGCAGUAACGCCGGUGAUGCACGGGGCAACGAAAAAACUACCCUUAUCCAUCAGGCAUCGUGCAUUGAUAGAGCAAAUGCACAGAGUGAAAGUAGACUAUGUGCAUAUGUAUUCGAUAAGAUUUUUUACGGAAACCACCCCACCCACAAGCUAAAUUUUUUAAAGAACAUUCAAGUUCCAGUCACUUUGCAGGGCCCCGUAGUACCUACUGGCCAAGGACUUGAGACUUUCAGUGAUGAUCAACUGGUUUCUGUAGUUCCUGACGUAGGUGUGGACGCCUUGUUUGCUCCAGUUUUUACGAUUAGAGCUCCCACCGCUGAUUUCAAAGACGCUGCAAAUGAAUUACCGGGAUAUAGACUACACCAACAGCUAAGUUUCAGAAAUGCACGUGUUCUCCCCUUGGAAAAACUGUUUGGAAGACCAGGAGCCAUUGAAAGUGAAGAUGUAAUGGUUUACAAAAAUGGCUGUACAACAAACCUCACCCAAGGCAAAAUCAGAUUUUUUGGUUCUGUAGCUUUCCCUCAUGAUCAGAACCUGCUCGUUAGAACGCCUAGACUUUGCGGCUACCUGGGAAAUAUGACAUCCGUUGCACUCAAUAAUCUGUUAGAGGUCGAACGAGUAACUACUGGUGCGGGUCCCAGUCGCGUGUUUGCUGAUGGAGGAGACUCUGGCUCCAUUGUUUUCUCGGUGAAUUUCCCAAGGGAUGACCGAGUUGGCUCAAUGAGAGAUAACAGCGUUGGUUCAGUAGGCGAUGACCACAUAGAUAUUGUCGGAAUGCUUGUCGGUAGACUCACCAACACUGAAAUAUACGUUGUGACUCCAAUAGAAGCAGUUUUUGAUGCCCUUGAUGUAGAACUACUCAAUGAUGACGAUUAUAACGAAAUUGAAGUAUUGUGGAGGUACAGAAAUAUAAAGACUAAAGCCUAGAUUACACUUGCCCCAUGUUUCGCACGAUGAAA